GUGGCUGUGGACGCCUGGCUGCGAGGGUCGCUGUAGCGCGUCAGAAUCGAGUUCUAUAUUUGAAAAUAGGAAACGAAACGUAACGAACAUGAUGUGAUACUGUCGAGAACAAGACUGAAAACAUUACACAUGGUUGUAAAGUUGGUCAGUUGUGACAGACAGUGACCGCGUGGUUGUGCCCGAAGCGGAGUGUGGUCACCCUGGAGUGCGAGGUGGGCCAACGAGCAGGUUGUGACGCCAGCCCCCAAGCAGGGCCAUCCAGAGGCAGCCGUGUGGCCCUCUGGCACUAAAUAUAUGGCUUGUUUACACUUCCAUAAACAAACGUCAUAUCGUAGUGUUGCUUUUUUACGUAGUGUCGAUUGUGCGUAACGUUGUAGAACUUAGGUGCUAUUUACUUGGGACUUCACCUGUGGGCGAGGCGUUGAGGAAGGAGUGCCGGCGCGACCUCGCUACGGGGCCAUGUCGCGGUCGGCGUCUGUGUCGGUUCCCCGGCGGGAGCUGUACGUGGUCCCGGAGCGGCGCACCUCCCUGGAACUGGAGGACGCCCCGCGCCUCAUGCAUGACCAGCAGCGGGAGUACGACUCGUGGCCGUGCGACUCCUUCUUCCUGCUCCCCGACGCCGUGCUUACCAUGGACGCCGGAACAUUCCGUGCCGACCUCAUGUCCUUGGACCCGGCGCUGUCCGCGUCGUUGCCGGACUGGGACCUGCCGGGGCUGACGGGCCGCUCCGCCUCUCCCGCGCGCGAGUCCUCGCACAAACCUCGCUCCCCGCACGCCCACGUGGCCCCGCGGGCGGACCGUCGCUCCCUAACGCUGCUCGACCAUCACGAGGGACUCACCGUCCACACCGCCGGCCAAGGCACCGUCCUCAUAGGUAGGUCUAUGUGGGCGGGCUGGGUUCAUCUGUGGGAUUCCUUUUAUUGCUUGCCCUAUUGA